AGAAGAAACACCUGAUCUGAUCUUAUCGGACUAUACAGUAUCAUGUUGGCACCUGUUAGGACUGUGGGCACUGAGAAAGGGACAUGUCCACUGCUCUCUGUCCAGCCCUGUCGAGGGCUGUUGGACGAGAAGUUUCAGAUUCUCAUAAUGAAUUUACUGCCAAAUCAAGAGGUGACGAUAUACUGUCUACAUCAAUCAGAAGACAAGGACUUCUGGGAGGCGUUUGGACACUACAUCAGUGAUGAACACGGAAUAGUGACAGUGGCAAAAGAUAAAAGUUUGGGCGGCACCUAUGAAGGCACAGAGCAGAUGGGGUUGAUAUGGAGCAUGAGACCCGUACCAGGAAGUCGAUCUGGACUCAGGUUGCGUAAGACAAAUGUUCUUACACCGAUGGUGAUUCACAUUUCAGUAUACAGUGGACAUCUAUCUGAAAGAUUUAGCGAGAAAACACCCCUGGCGACGAGCGUCACAGAACGCUGGUACGUUGCACCCGGUGUUCAGAGGGUGAACAUCAGGGAGAAAGGAGUACGAGGAACUUUAUUUCUUCCUCCAGGCCCUGGGCCGUACCCAGGAGUGCUGGACCUGUGGGGAGGAGGUGGUGGUUUGGUCGAGUAUCGUUCUGCCCUGCUUGCAUCUCAUGGCUUUGCAUCCAUGGCACUUGAGUACCUCGCUCCAGAAGAGCUGAAAACAGUUGAUGUUGAUGUGUCGUACUUUGAGAAAGCAUACCAGAUUUUACAAAAUCAUCCAAAGAUACAGAAGGACAAUCUGGCAAUGCUUGGGCUAUCUUUUGGAAGUGCCAUCACAUUCAGUAUGGCGGCCUACUCAAAAGUCAUCAAGCCCCAGUGCUGUGUGUGUAUCAGUGGAAGUCAUGUGGUUCCUAUUGAUAAAUCUCUUUUUGAAGUCUUUGAGGAGAUAAACAAGCAUAUGAACAGGGUACGUAUGAAUGAGGAGAACCAGGUAAUACAGAGAGACAUCAUAUUGCCGAUUCCCUUAGACCCGGCUCUCAAAGUAGACGUUGGGAGAAUAAAGUGUCCUCUUCUGUUGGUGAAUGGUGGUGAUGAUCAGAACUGGGCUUCUGUUGAAUCUGCUGCAGAUAUGGAGAUGAUGAUGGAGAAAGCAGGAAAUCGGCACUUGUUGACAGUCCUGACAUAUCCUGAUGCGGGUCAUCUGAUCGAACCUCCGUACUCGCCUCACUUCCGAGCAACUAACUUCAUGCUGCAACAAAUGAAGGAGAAAAUUGUCAUGCUAUGGGGUGGACAGACCAAACCUCACGCUUACGCACAAGAGGACGCAUGGAACAAGAUAUUAGCAUUUCUGCGGCAGCACCUCUGCUUCAGUUCAAACUUUGCAAAGGCCAAACUGUAGUUCUGUCAUUUACAACAUUGAUAUGAGUGCAGCUUUUUUUUUCAAAUGCUUCCAAUUGCAAUGAUAUGAUUGCCAGCA